CAAUGUUGCUGGCUGCUUUCACAAAGACCCCCCUGCCUGCACUUAAUGACAAUGCGCCUGUGCUAGCUAACGUUCGGCGUUACACCAGCGAGUUCUGCUUGCCGCCGGCCUUGUUGACGUUCAAAUCUUGUCUUUAAUUUGGGCAGCAACAGUGUCAAUAUGCCGACAAUUAAACUGCAAAGUUCCGACGGAGAGAUGUUUGAGGUGGAUGUUGAAAUCGCCAAGCAGUCAGUAACCAUAAAGACGAUGCUAGAAGAUUUGGGUAUGGAUGAUGAAGGGGAUGAUGAUCCCGUCCCGCUCCCCAACGUGAACGCAGCCAUCCUCAAAAAGGUGAUUCAGUGGUGCACCCAUCACAAAGAUGACCCUCCACCCCCUGAGGAUGAUGAAAACAAAGAAAAGAGGACAGAUGACAUUCCUGUGUGGGAUCAGGAAUUCCUUAAAGUAGACCAGGGCACACUCUUUGAGCUAAUUCUGGCUGCAAAUUAUUUGGACAUCAAAGGCUUGCUAGAUGUCACCUGCAAGACAGUCGCAAAUAUGAUCAAAGGCAAAACCCCAGAGGAGAUCAGAAAGACGUUCAAUAUCAAAAAUGACUUCACAGAGGAAGAGGAAGCUCAGGUACGCAAGGAGAACCAGUGGUGUGAAGAGAAAUAAGGAAGCUCUGCUUGACACUAACACACUGUAAGGAUUGUCCCCAAAACAGAUUUACUGGUUGCACUGCGCUGUUCAUACUUGUUGAUAUUCACCUGUAGACCAAUAGGAUGAGACCCCUUGUGUAUUCAUAGCAUGAUCUUACUUGCUUGUGUGGUGCAGAAGAAAAGUAUAAUUUAAAUUCUUUCCUGUUUUUAUUUCUCUUCAUAUAUUCAGCAGAAAUAAUCCUUGUUGCUAGAAAGUGUUUUUUUUUUUUUUUUUUUUUUUUUUUUUUCCUUUUUAAAACUAGAUCUGUUUCUUUGAGGCAGCCAAGUACAUUUUUGACAAAUAAAUUUGUUAAAAGCUCAGUGGUAACUUUUAUAAAUGCAGCCUCGUACAUACUGUCUUCUCAUGAUUCAUGCUGAAGAAAGAAUAAAAAGUUGUGGGAAGUCUGGAAGGUUAUACAAAUUUUCAACUUGUCCUGUGGACUGGAAGUACUCGUUUAAGAAGUAAAAUGUUUUCAUGCAGCUUGGACAUUUAUUUUGCCUGUUAUCAUUGUAAAUGAUUGGACUCAUUUUCUUAGUUCUGCUCUUACAAUGAAGCUUAGGAAUAAUCAUUAAAUUCUGAAAGUAAAACCAA